GAACAAUAUGCUAUCACUGAAGCCUUUUCAGCAAAUCCAGAGUACCUCAAAAACAAGGCUUCUCAGGCAAAAUUGGUUGUUGAUUACAAGGACUGGCAAAUCGCUCUCUCACGAAGAUUCAGAUCAUUGAAACUAUGGAUGGUUUUAAGGCUCUAUGGAGCUGAGACCUUGAAGAACUAUAUUAGAAACCAUAUUAAACUGGCUAUAGUUUUCGAACAACUUGUCUCUCAAGAUCCUAACUUUGAGGUUAUCACUCCAGGUUUCUUUGCUCUCGUCUGCUUCCGUAUUGUUCCUGUCGAUAAUGAUGAAAAGAAUUGUAAUGAUCGAAACCACGAGCUCCUAGAGGCAGUGAAUUCCUCAGGGAAACUCUUCAUUUCUCACACUGCUUUGUCGGGAAAAAUCGUUCUACGUUUCUCCAUUGGAGCGCCAUUGACAAAGGAGAAGCACGAGAAGGAAGCAUGA